AUGGACGCUCAGGACCAGCAGCCAACUUUAAAUCAACUUCAGGAUCAAGUUCAAGCUCUGACACAAGAAAAUUUGCACUUGUUUGACAAAAACAAGCGUCUUUUCACCAAAGUGGGCUACCUGGAGAGCAGACUGGGCCACCUGGCCAGCUCCAGCACAGACCUGUCCUGCAGGCUGGUCCAGAGCGAAGAGGAAAGACUGAAGACAUCUAAGGAGCUUGUGGAGGAGAAAAUUCAGACGAACAAGAUGAGAGAGCGAUAUGAAGAAGAGACAUUUGAGUUGAAAAACAAGAUAUUAAACCAAGACGGCGUGAUAACCGAGCUCGAAAUGCAGCGAGACAAGUUGUUCCAGGAGCUCCAGUCGGCUGAAGCUUGUCUGAAAGUGAAGGAGGAGAGCAGCCAGGAGCUGACUUCAGAGUACGCCACGCUGAAGAACAGCUACCUGCUUCUGACUGAGGCCCAUGAUAAAGAGCUGGCUCAGAGUGAUGAGCUCAGUGCAGAGCUGCUGGCGUUGGCCCAGGCCCAGGACGCCCUCCGCAGGCAGCUGGAGGAACAGCAGCAGAGUGUGGAGACCACCACCCAGGGCCUUCACGGGGAGCUGGACAGGGUGCGGGCCUUAAUCAGCCGAAUGUCACAAAACAGGGUCAAGCCUGAGGAUCUAGCAGCACUGGACAAGGAGCAAAAAACUAUGGAAAAAUCUCUGCUUGGAAACCAACAUGAGAUCAAAGAGAUGCUGGAAAAAAUGAGGAACAGCUACGAGGAGCGGCAGAAGAAACUGGAGGAGAAAGUGGUGGCGAUGGGUAAAGAGCAGCAGCAGAACAACAGAGCCAUGCAUGUUAGUCAGCAGAAACUGUCGGAGCAGAGUGCGGCCCUGAUGUGCUCUCAGAGCCAAAUGAAGGAGGUGGAAGAAGAGAACUCGAAGCUGCAGCUGCAGGUCAAAGAGCUGAAUGAGGAAUAUCGUGCGAGGCUGGUUUGUUAUUUACAGGACUUAGCUGGCUACAUCGAUGGGGUUAAAGAGAGUCAAAGUCCCUCAGAGCAGAGCAGGAUGAGGACAUUUGUGGACAGCAUGCUGCAGGAUGUCCGUUCGUCCUACAGGGCCAGAGAGGAGCAGCUCGCCUCCGCUGCUCGAUCCUAUAAGAAGAGGCUGCAGAAGAUCACCAGAACUCAUCAUGCUCUGCUUAUUACAUACAGCGUUCAGAGGGACCAGAUUUUGGCGAACCCAGAGAGCGGUGUGGACCCCGGGCCUCCAGAAGCCCACUUCAGCCCGGAGCCCGCUGAGCUGAGAGACGAAGCCGAGAAGGAGCUCCAGCGGCUUCGCCAGGACAAGGCGAGGCUGGAGGGUCAGCUGCAGAUGGCUGUUUCCCAAAUGCCUGCGAAAAGUUUAAGCCAUCAGGAGCAUCCGGGGCAGAUAUGUGAGGAAUCCUGGCUGGACGUAAAGAAACAGCUGAGGCAGAUCACAGACUCUACGCUGGUGGGCUUUGAGAAGGAACGUGCCCUUCUGGUCACCAGGGCAACAGUUGCCGAAGCGCAAGUGCUGGAGUUGCAGGAUUACGUUGACGACCACCUGGUCAGGUAUAAACAGGAGAUCACGCAUCUCCGCAGACUGCAUGGGAUGGAGGAUGCUGGGCAUUCCCGGAGUGCCCAUUCAUCUCUCCAUUGAGAAAACUAGCAGAGAAAUCAGAAAGCUGCUCAUGCACACAGCUUGGAGUUGUAAAAUCCACACAUAUGCGGACUAGGAAUAAACAGAAAGCGUAAAAAUGA